AUGGCUUCCUACCAGAUUAAAUCCAGGCAGGGCCUGUCGUCGAGACAGGAUGCCCCAUCAUCCAUUCCCCAGCGCCCCACCUCGACGCGCUUGCCCACGAGGUCGGCCAUCCCGAGCUCGGCCGCAAGCCAUGCGUCUUCUGCUCUGUCCAAGCUCACCAGGAAAAAGCCCGAGGGGCAAUACGGCAGUAGGGUAUAUGGGAACGCAGCAGGUGCCACCAGCAGCAGCCAGAGGGUUGCUACGCCGUCGAAGAGCCCGGGCUCCGGUGCGAUGCGCCGCGAGAAUGCUACUGGAUCAGGACGGACGCAACCCAACCAUUCGCCUCACCCCACCACCACAGCCCGCCCUCCACGUUUUGAUGCAGCCUCCACUCGCACUCCCUCCCUCAUGUCGGGCUCGACCGCGACCGCCUCCACCCAUGACAGCCCCGGGUCUGCCUUCCUGAGGAGAAAAGCUUCCUCCAUUGGCAGACCUGCAGUGCACGCUGCCCGCUCCGAAUCCUCCGCCGCGCGCGAAAAAGUUCCGCUGCCCCCCAAAGCCCAGGCCCAGGACCCCUACGCCGACACCGUCUUGGGCAUUGCGAUGCCUCCCCUGGUGCCAGCCAUGGACCCAAUUGACGAGGAAAGGCGCUCGAUGCUUGCUCCUCUCGGCGGCCAGGACAUGCCGCCGCAGCUGAAAACCGAUGACUUGCCACCCCCUACUCCUGCUUAUGCGCUCUCGGCGAGUCCGUCUACGCGAUACUCCGAGUCACCGGGCCGAUUCAGCCACACGUCCUCGCCUACAUCCAUGUCUUCUCAUUCUCCCGGCGUGGUUUUCCCGUCGAAGCUUGGGCCACGCCAAAGGCAAGGAAGCCCCACAAGAAGCAGGCCGCCUGUGACGAGGCGCAAGACAGACGACAGCGGACCCACAAAUGAUCUCCAUGGACUUGCUUCGCUCCACGAAUCCACGGCCUCGUCGUCUUCGUCCUCAACGGUCCUGGCGCCGCCGAGCGACAGGAGACAGCUGAUGGCAGAACACGCCGAGAGGUCAAUGGCUCUGAGGUCUCCUCUGAAUCGAGAGCUGUCUCCCGGCGCUAAUAGGGCCAUGUCCCCGCCGGAACGCCCUCCUCAAAUUACCGUUCAGACCAGGAUUUCUGUCCAAUCCAUAAGGGAAGCCCCCAUCUAUCCCCCGCCUGAGCUGGCCCAUCUUGCAGAGUCGAAGCCGCCGCCAAAGUCGGCUCCACAGAAGCCGUUGAGGCCUAGCCGCGAAGGAACCCCGGACCUUUCUGGUCUGCAACAGGGUCCAUCGCCAGUCGUGCAAAGCAACCUUACCAAAUUGCCCACUCGCCACAGGCGGCAGGCUUCUUCUGGAUCCACCAUCUCCCCCCUGAGCGCCGAUGCUUCUCGAAACCCUUCAUUCAGCGUCUCUCCGAACCCGAGCGUUGGAUCAACCUUUUCGCCCGUGUCGGCUCACAUCUCGACGACCAGAGGAACCACGCCCGACCAGCAGACCGAUAGCGGAAAGAACAGCUCCUCCGUCCCUCCCAGUCCCAGCAAGGGCACAUCUAGGUUUGGAUUUUUCUCAAAGCGGACCAAAUCCGAGGGGGCACCUGCUCCGCCCCGCAAAGAGAAGAAGUUGGUCCGUAAGGGACCGAUGGCAGGGACAGGGCAUGAAGGGUAUGGAAAGUAUGGCAUAGGUCGUGGCCGAAGCACGAGUGCUACAAGCGUUGCCUCCAGCUACGGUCGGUCCAAUAGCCAAGACAGCGUUGCCAGCAACAGUGCAGCGCGACCAUCGGCAAGCAGGAAGAGUAGUAUGAAGAGUGAACCAGAGAUGGACGGCUUUCUCAGGGAUCGUCUCAAUCCGAAGAUUUUGCGUGGAGAAGGCAGUGCUACGUCCAGCGUAGGCGCCAAUUCGGAAGCGGACCUUAGUGCCACCAGCUUGGGUUCAACCAAGGAACGCCCUGGCGCAGGCUCUCGCAACGACUCUACCGUAUCCGUGUCACAUUCAGGCCGCCCAAGUGCCGAUAACAACAAGCCGACGCUGUUACCCUCCGCAUUGGCUGAUCCCGGCCGUGGAACGUCGCCUUUCAGAGUCGGAGGUUUGCCAGGCACAAUUCGCCGUCCCAGCAGCAGCGAUUCAAACUUGUCGGUCAACUUGUUCCCUUCUACGUCUCAGUACGGCACCGGGCCCGCUCAGUCUUAUGGCCAGACUUCGGCUUCGGGGGAUCUGGCGCGUCCAAAGCCGGAGAACAAAUUAAAGAAGAAGAAAGAACCGGAGAGCAAGCCAGCAAAACGGUGGAACUUCUUUCAGCGAGCUCACUCAACACCUAAGCAUGAGCCCAAGCCCCAAACGCCACCAGUGCAGCAAAUGCCUCCAGCUAUCUCUGGUCCAAUUCCGUCGAGGGCGGUUGCGCACUAUGCAUUGGAUGAUGCACAAGACGAAGUCGACCUGGACUACCUUGAGAGGCUCAUGGAAGAGGCGGAGAGACUCGGCUACGAGUCUUCUGGCUCUCGACCACCGUCUCUCUACCGUGGAAGUAGCGUCUCAUCCAGAAAGCAUGGGAACUCGAUUCUUCUUCCCUCUCCUCCGGUGUUCAGUCGGCCUUUUGCCGAAAUUCCAAGGCCAGCGUCGCCCAAGGUAUUCCUGCGAAAUGCUGAGCAUCCUGAAGUCAAAGAACCUCGCUCGGUACCAGUUGUCACUCCGAUCGAUGCCCAGAGGGCGCAACCAACUCCUCCAGUGGCGCCUCCCAAAGAGGCUAAGCCUGAGCAGAAGGUCGAACGUGAGCCGAUUCUUCCGUCACGUCCUAGCCGACUGCCGCAGGUCGGACGUAUUCCGCAAGUUAUCUCAACAAGGGACCGCAACCGAAACUUGUCUAUCAAUUCCUUCUCUCGCCCGUUUGUUCCGGCCCUGCCAUCUCCCGCAACGGCGACCUUCCCGGAGCAGGUGUCGCAAGAUGUGUCGCUCGAAUCCGCACGAUCGAAAAAACAAGAUCGUCCCGCUGCUGAAACUGUAUUGCCACCGUUCGCCCGGGAUGCCAUGCCACAGCCCCUGUUUGCCGGGCCAGUCGCAACCCCGAACGAGAACAUGCAUGCUGCUCCAGAAUUCUUUGCGUUCCCGCCUCGCAAAUACUCCGAACUUUCUUAUACGAGCAGCUCUGGCAACUCCAGCUUCCCGCCUUCGACCGCCGUCAUUCCCGCCCCGAAUUCCCCGCCCAUGGAAGACGAGGUGUGGAACGAAUAUGACGAUCUGAUUGACGAAGUUCUCUCAUCCCCAGAAUCCCGUGGCACCAAACGGAGAGAUGGUCCCGUUAGGCGUCGAUCUCUGGCUAGUACUGCUCUGCAGGAGCAAAGGCCCCUGCAGCUCGGAGAUGCCGGUGAUCGGACCACUGUCUUCGAGGAGGACAUCUCACCCCGGACUUCCGUACAGUUCCGGAACUCUACUGCAGCGUCUGUGCACUUGCGCCGUUCGCGUCUCCUAGCUGCGUUUCAGUCACUAGCGACACCUUCUUCAGCAGGGACCACUUCCGAUUUUCCUUCUGAUGAAGCGGGUCGGGAUAUCAGCCUGGCUGAUCCGCAUACGGGCAGGUUCAGCCUUCCCUCAAUGCGCCUGAGUAUGAGUUCUGUUCAGCAAGAACCUGUGCAGCCAGUAGUAGAAGGGCCGGCGGAACAAGAGGCUGAAAUCCAACAAGCCAACGUGCAUCAAGCCGAAACGGAGCCUGCAAAGCGCGUUCACUUCCGCGAUUCUCGGCUGAUCGAAGUGGCGGAAAACACCAAGGAAGGAGCGGUGUCGAUGGCAGAACUCAGGCAUGGAGCUUUGAUGGUCAGCAAAUGGCUGUCGUUUGGAAGAGUGCUGUUCAGUCCGGCCCAUUUCGAGCUUAAGAACAGCGUUGAAGACCGUAUCCUGGUUCUCGACGGCCUUGGACAAGACUGGUCUUACUACUGCGCUCUUACCUAUCCUACAGCUCAAGUGUACUACAUCAGCCCCACUCCUGCCAACUCUUCGGCGCAAUCUGGCCCUGUUUCUCCUGCGCCCAACCAUCGCCAAAUCCAUCAUCCCGAUCUCCUUGCUCCUUUCCCGUUCCCGAAGGGCUUCUUCGCUGCCGUCGUCUUCCGCUUCCCGACUGCUGCUCCUGAGCAUGUGUAUCGCUCCGCGAUCUCGGAGUGUAAGCGUGUGCUUCGGCCGGGCGGCCACCUCGAGGUCAGCGUCGUGGAUUUGGAUCUCGUCAACAUGGGCAACAGAGCAAGAAGAGCCGUCAGGGACUUGAAGAUGCGCAUGCAGAGCACCGACCCCGAAGUCUGUUUGAUGAACGCCAGCGAUGCGUUCCAGCGCUUGAUCGGACGCCGCGGGUUCGAAAACCUGAGCCGUUGCAUCGUUGGAGUGCCAACAGCCGGCAAGAUGCCCAAGAGCGUCGACCUGACAAACCAAACCGGCAGCAGCAACCCUUCCACAAACGGAAUGCCAACCCAAGCCCAGUUCGGUGAAUGCACUGCUACAUCGGGCAAGGAGCGCUUUGCGGAUGACGACAUGGCGAAGAUGGUUGCGCGUGUCGGCCGCUGGUGGUACUCCAGGUGCUACGAGAGUAUGGUAUUGCAGCCUGACGAUGACCCGAGCCAGAAAAUCUGGUCGGACGAGACGCUGCGGCACGAGUGCGAGAAAAGGCAUACGAGCUUCCGGCUGCUCAUCUGCUACGCACAGAAGCCGACUGUGACGAGGAGGCGGACCGUCAGCGUCUAA